CAACGCAUACGUAAAAUGUAUCUUGAAUCUAAUUAUAUCUUGAUUAAAACAAGAAAUCAUUGCAUGAAGCUCAUCUCCAAACCUUUGAAAGCUGCUUCCUUCUUUUUACCAGAUUUAGCAUGUCCAUGUCUUGGCCCCAUGCUCGAUAUGUUCAUGCCCGAUGAGUUGCCUCCAGAAGAGAAUCCUUCCCAAGAUGACACAGGCCGAUUUCGCUUGCUGAAAAAGUCAGAGGUUCUUAAGAAUGAGUGGAUCCAUCUGUAUUUGGAACUUGCGCUUGCCACAACUAAUAGGCGCCAUAUCAAACACGGUGUGGCCGGUCUGAAGAUUCGCAAAGUGGCUAUGGAAAUCACACGAGACCUGGAGCCCUUUCACAAGGGACUUGGCGCCUAUGAUGCUAUUUCUACAUUAGGCACACAGACUCAUGCAAGGAUCGGGCUGGUGAUGAUGGUAUCGCGUUGCAACAGUCAGAAGAAUCGUGGAUGUGCAUUUGGGAAUCUUUAGAAUCGUCGGUCUUACUCAGAGCUUUCAAACCAUACCAGCCUCUAACGGAAUUGCUGCCAUGGAAGCGUCUCCACUUUCCACAAGACUACAAUUAAUGAUCCAUUUGAAUACGUAUGCACGUGGAUCAGAAUAAUCAUCGAUGGUGGCAUUUCUCUUCCCUCGGUACCAUCUUUUGGAUUCUUAAUUAGAUUUGAAUUAAUCCUUAAAACUGUGAGGGCAUUGCCAUGUUAUGUUACUUGUCUAGCUAGCUACCAAAAGUCACUUGAUCACCUAAACUUUACGUUAGUAGGAGUCGUCGUCAUUCUUCAUUUUCAUAACUAAUCGUC